AUAAUAAUAAUUGAAAUUCAGAAAUUCUCUCUCUUAACAUUUCUUUCUUUUUUUUUGUGUGGCUCCAGUCGACCUCUCUCUUCUUCUCUAGCUCGGGCGAUCCGCCACCGUAAAACAGCUCCGGUGGCCUUCGCUCGCAAAGAGAUCGCGUUCUGUAGCUCUAUUUUCUGCUGCUCUUUGAUUUUCUCUCAUUGUUCGGUUCUAUUUUUUUUUUCUUUCUAUGUUUGUAUUUGUAUAGAUGUAUGUAUGUGUGGGAAUGCUUGUUUGUAUGUCUGUGUGUAUAGAUUGAGGUUUGGAGGUUUUUUGUAGUGUGAAGCUAAAAAAAAAAGAGAGAGUGGUUUUUUGUUUCUUCAGAGUUGACUCCUCCCGAGCUUCAGUUGGAGCUCGGGAUCCGAAUUGUUAUGGCAUCUGGAACCAUGAUUCCUGCAGAAUCCGGCCAGAGUUCUUACUACCUUCAGAAGUUCAGGCUCUACGAGACUCGCUCGAACUUCUAUAUGGUGGGGAGGGACAAAAACAGAACCUUUUGGAGGGUGCUAAAGAUUGACAGACUUGAGCCAUCUGAACUAAAUAUUCUUGAAGAUUCUACAAUGUACACAGAAAGUGAAUGCUUUGAUCUACUAAGGCGGAUACAUGAGGGGAAUAGAUCUACAGGCGGUCUCAAAUUGUUCACCAUCUGUUAUGGAAUAGUUGGAUUCAUUAAAUUUUUGGGACCCCAUUACAUGCUGCUGAUUACUAAAAGAAGGAAGCUCGGUACUAUCUGUGGCCAGACGAUAUACACCAUUGCAAAAAGCGAGAUUAUUCCUAUUCCAAAUCCUACCGUGCCAUCCAAAAUGACUAAUUCUAAGAACGAGAACAGAUACAAGAAGCUCCUAUGCACAGUGGACCUUACGAAGGACUUCUUUUUCAGCUACUCAUACAAUAUCAUGCAUAGUCUUCAAAAGAAUCUAUGUAAUGAUGAUAUUGGACAAGGUCACUAUGAGACGAUGUUUGUUUGGAAUGAGUUCCUAACUCGAGGAAUCCGGAAUAACCUGAAGAAUACUCUUUGGACGGUUGCAUUAGUAUAUGGCUUCUUUAAACAGGUCAAGCUUUCGGUAUCUGGCAGGGACUUCAAGUUGACUCUCAUUGCCAGGCGCUCGCGUCAUUAUGCUGGCACGAGAUAUUUGAAACGUGGUGUAAAUGAAAAGGGUCGAGUGGCUAAUGAUGUUGAGACGGAACAGAUUGUGUGUGAAGAUGUUCCUGAUGGAUGUCCUGUGCAAAUUAGUUCUGUUGUGCAAAAUCGUGGUUCAAUCCCACUCUUCUGGUCCCAGGAAACUUCCCGACUGAAUAUUAGACCAGAUAUUUUAUUAUCAAAGAAGGACCAAAAUUAUGAGGCAACAAGACUUCAUUUUGAAAAUUUAGAAAAGAGAUAUGGAAACCCUAUAAUUAUUUUGAAUUUGAUAAAGACACGUGAGAAGAAACCUCGAGAAUCUAUUUUACGUGCAGAGUUUGCAAAUGCUAUCAGAUAUAUAAACAAAGGUUUAUCCCAAGAAAAUCGCCUGAGGUUUCUUCACUGGGAUCUACACAAACACUCGAGAAACAAAGCUACCAACGUCUUAGUACUUCUGGGCAGAGUGGCUGCAUACGCAUUGAACUUGACUGGCAUCUUUUACUGUCCAGGAGCCCCAUAUUUAGUCCCUGAGGAACUGCCAAAUCCAUCUUACUUUCAGAAAAGUGAUUGUGAUUUCUCUCAAAACCUUUCCGGUAAAGAUGAGGCUGCAGGAAACUUGGAGGCAGAAGUUAUGAGUGCUAUUGGUGAUGCAAGUGGAAAUCACAGUAUCAAAGGCCUUAUGUUUCAGAAUGGGGUCUUGAGAACCAAUUGCAUAGACUGUCUUGAUCGUACAAAUGUUGCUCAAUAUGCAUAUGGGUUAAUGGCUCUUGGACGUCAGCUACAUGUUUUAGGAUAUAUAGAAUCUCCAAAUAUAGAUCUAGACAAUCCAUUGGCGGAGGACUUAAUGAGAGUUUACGAGACUAUGGGUGACACACUUGCACUGCAGUAUGGUGGGUCCGCUGCCCAUAACAAGAUAUUUUCUGAGAGGAGAGGUCAGUGGAAAGCAGCCACUCAAUCCCAGGAGUUUUUGAGAACGCUGCAACGUUACUACAGUAAUGCUUACAUGGACGCUGAAAAACAAGAUGCCAUCAACGUGUUCUUGGGUCACUUUCAGCCACAAGAGGGUAAACCUGCACUGUGGGAAUUGGAUUCAGACCAACAUCACAACGUAGGCGCACGUGGUCCUAACCUUGUUGAUGAGAUUUCGAGGUUAUUAUUAAAGAGAUCACUUUCUGACGGAAAUCUUCGCUGCGAUAGUGACACACCUGAGGCUGAAACCAUUGCGGACCACAAUAAGCCUUUUCUCGCGAAGGGACAAGGAGUUAACAAGGGUCUCUCAGAGUCCACUCCAGAGAUAUCAAGUUGUGAAAGUGAAUUAUCCUAUUCAAGGUAUACUCCCUCAAUGACUAGCAGACAGCUUUUUGGAGAAUUGGAAAUGGAUCCAUGUUUUGAAAGUGAAAAAAUCUGUUACGAUGAACACGGGGAUGCAUGUGGCUGCUCAAAUUUUCUUGAUAUGGACUGGAUUCCUUCAUCUGGGAAUUCAUGUGAAGAAGACAUAUAUGACAGCAGGUCUACUGCUGGCCUAUCUUCUGAUAAUCUGGCGAGUGAACUAAAAAUGGAGACCACCACAUCUGCGAGCGAGUCUGGAUCCAGUUUAAAGGGAAGAAAUCAAAAUGGGUCUGAGCUUCUUUCGAACGAAAUUUCGGACAAAUACUCUCAGGACUUUUUGCGCUGGGUAAAUACUGGAGGGGUGCUGUUUCUUUGAGUGGAUAUCGUAGUCUUCCGGCCAUAACAUUUUUCCCAACUGUCAUUCAAUUUAACCCAUCCGAAGGAUGUGGAUUCCUAUGCAGAAAAUAAAGAGUUGGAGACCAAAACUAUGAGAGAACAUUUCUGGCAUUCCUUCUGACUGAGUAAGUCUUGGGUCAAAUAAGACCCCACACAGCAUUUGUAAAUACAGAGAGGCAAUGGAUCAAAUGAAAGCAAUAUGGUAAAUACCUAUUGCUAACUCAUUUUAGGGCUCUCUGGAAAACCCGGAUUUUUCGUUAUGUAAAUAUUUUAGAUUACAUCCCCCAAUGAAAGCUCCAUUACAUUUUUCCUUACAUUUUUUGACUCAGAAUUAUGUGCUCGGGGAAGAGUAGUAAUCAUGUUUGUUUACAGGCA